AAAUGUGCAACUAAACCUUGUCUAUCUUUUACCAUCAAAGCAUUAGAAGAAGAAUUGUACCGAGUCCAAAUAUUUACCAAUCUCUCUGCACUUCUAGUACAACCAUGACUACAUCAAGGCGUCUUGCGGAUAAGAAGGUGGGGAAGUUCGAAAAGAACAUAACCCGUCGUGGAUCUGUCCCGGAAACAUCCACCAAGAAGGGAACCAGUUAUCCUGUUGGUCCUGUUAUGCUUGGCUUCUUUGUCUUUGUUGUCAUCGGAUCAUCUUUGUUUCAGAUCAUCAGAACAGCUACAAGUGGGGGAAUGGCUUGAAGAUCAAAUACAAUAUCAUUGUUACUAGCAUCAUCUGUAUUGAAAUUUCCUUACAUACAUAUACAUAGAGAUACAUAACCCAUUGUUUCUUCACUUUUGAUAUAUUUGAAUUUGCUUAACCCUCA